CAGAAGCAAAACUGAUUUCUUAACCUAAUGCACACUUCUGCAUAUCAAUGUGAGUGUAAAGGCAAUGUCCAUAUCAAGUAUAUGCGCUCUCACGUUCCAAUUUUCGCUAUAUCUCCAUACUUUAGAGCUACGUCUACCGAACUCGUAAUUGCAGUUCCAGUUACCACGACUUGUCAUUUUUCACUUGCGGGUUGUCAGAUUGUUAUAAAGGAAAAAUUAUAAUUGCCGCGCAAGGUAAUUUAAUCGUUCGCCUACGAAAUGAUGGAGCAUCGAUCAAGGAAUAAGUACUGCGAUAUUUGCGGUCAAGCUUUUACAUUGGCUUCUUCCCUUUCACGGCAUAAGGAUGUGCACUCUUCAUUGCGUCGAUUUAUCUGUGGAAUGUGUGGGCGGUCCUACAAGCAUUAUGCCAGUAUGCGAAAGCAUCAAAACGUACAUGCCGGAGAAAUAUUCAACUGCGAGAUCUGUGGAAAAGAAUUCAAUCAAGCUUUGCAUUUGAAAGCCCAUGCAGAAGCCCAUCAUAUGGCACGCCGACACAUUUGCCAGUUCUGUGGAAAAACUUAUACACAAGCGAGUAAUUUAAAAUCGCAUGAACGGAACGUUCACCAGUUUCCACAGUAUUCGUGUCCAGUGUGCCGAAAACCAUUUGAAACGAUGAUCGAUUUACGGGAACAUUUUGAUUUAACUGUUCCAUGCCAAACGUCCACUAAAAUGGCAGAAGGCGAUGUUCAAACCCAAAUGAUUCUGAAAACUCCGAAAUUAUCGCGUACUGUCAACUACAACGAUGGCAGAAAGGCAGUGCAGUUAAUCGAUCAUGGCGGAGUGGAAAUUGUCCAAAUUCGAGAGUUUCCGGCAGAACCAAGGAAGAUCAGGAUGUACUGAAUUCUACCUGCCUCCCCCACUUCCGCGAGCCAUUACUGAGACCUCGAGUUAUGGCUUGACUCGUACCAUAAUGUCGGUGCAUUUACCCGUCAAUAUGCGUCGGGAAUCAGGGCAUCCUAUGCCGAAGUUUAGAAAGGAUUUUCUUUCGUUUUCACAGUACUAACAAAUUAACAAGGCGAGAGCGCGAUGCAGAAAUGUACUACCUGCAGACAUUGAAUUCCGAAUAUUUAGGCUACUUUCUUGCCUUUUCGCUUUUCUGUACGCUUCGCUUUGAAUAAAUUGUUAUAGGUUUUUGUUUUUUAGCUUUACUGUAUAUUUUGUGUAAUAUGGCAGUGAUGGUGCGGGCAAAGUAGUAUGCCGUAAAUUAUUGCCGGUAUGCGUUUUGUUUCGGUUCAAUCGCUUUUGCAGCCAGCUGUUUUGUUUUGACUGGCAUUUAUUUUGUAUGCUUUUUUGUGUAAUGCACAAAAAGUUUCAAAUUUCUGUGAAUAAUUGUUCGAAACGGACUUACGGUCAGUAACCACGAACACUAUCA